UGUCGAUAAAACGCGUGAAAAGCCCUUCCUCCCCGUUUGGUGUCGCUUUGGAUAUUCCGGCGUGUUUAUUUCGCGUCCGUGCCGGGUGUUUAUUUAUCCACAAGACGCACGGCCGUGUCCUCUGACGCGACGUUCCCGUGACAACCGCAGAGGCUUUUCGUCACGGCCCAGUCGGGUCGGCGGCGGUAAGGCGAGUCCGUUUUCCUCGAGGCUGGAGCGGUUCGCCUCCCAAAACUACCCCUCUCUCUUUUUUCCCCCCUUCUUCUUCUUCUUCUUCUUCUUCUUCUUCUUCUUCUUUUUUGGCACCUCGGCAGAACAUCUGACGUUGUGAGUCCAAAAGAACAACGGACCGCUGUAAAGCUGGAGGUAUGAGCGGGAGAGAAGGUGACGGAUGUCCGACGCCUGCAAAACAUGACCGCGCGCAGGACAGCGACACGAGCGCCGACCUGUCACCGGUCAUCGCAGCUUUCAGGGUCUUCCAGCAGGAGCUUGACACCAAGCACGACAAGCACGAGCGCCUCUUCAAGAUCAGCCGCGACGUCACCAUCGAAAGCAAAAGGACCAUUUUCCUUUUGCACAGAGUGACCAGUGUGCCUGACGUAGAGGAUAUUCUGAAGGAAUCGGAUGUAAAACUGGAUGGCGUGCGGCAGAAGAUUGGCCUCAUUGCAGAAGAGCUGAGAGGAGAGGACAUAUUUCAGUUUCACAGAGCUUUCACCCCAGGGAUCCAGGAGUAUGUGGAGGCGGUCUCGUUCCAGCAUUACAUACGUCACCGGACCCUCAUCAGCCUGGAAGAGAUCAACGCCAGACUGGUGUUCAUGAAAACGGAAAAGGCGGACACUAAGGGCUCGGCGGAGGGCCCGCCGCUAGCGGCGCAGGUUCUGACCUUCCAGGUGACGCCCUCCGACUACCUGCUCGGCGUGGCCGACCUGACGGGAGAGCUGAUGCGGAUGUGCAUCAGCAGCGUGGGCAACGGCGACAUCGACACGCCCUUCCAGCUCAGCCAGUUCCUCCGGCAGAUCCACGACGGCUUCUCCUACAUCGGCAACACGGGGCCUUACGAGGUGUCCAAGAAGCUGCACACGCUGCGCCAGAGCCUGGGCAAGGUGGAGGACGCCUGCUACACCCUCCGCGUCCGCGGCUCAGAAAUCCCCAAGCACAUGUUGGCCGACGUGUUCGCCAGCAGGGCGGCUCUCAUCGACCCCGACGAAGGGGUGGCUUAAGGGCCGGCGGCCCGUCGAAGCGACGCCGCGUCAGUUCUGUUUCUCCUCCUGCGGUGUUGUGACGCUUGUAUGUACUUUUUGUGUGACGCUACUGUUGCUUGGUUGUUUUGAAAGAAGUUUGCUUGCUGUUUGUUUUUAUUACUGGACGGCACACACACACACACA